AGUUGAGAUUCAGCAGCGGACCCUAAUUCUCACCGAUUUCAGCAGAAAUGGCGGUCGAAUCGCCAAAAGAAUACGGUUUUGUGGUCCUGGUGUUCCUCUUCUAUGUCUUCUGCAACCUUUGGAUGUCCUUUCAGGUCGGCAAGGCCAGAAAAAGGUACAAGGUGUUCUAUCCGACCCUCUACGCUGUUGAAUCUGAGAACAAGGAUGCCAAGCUUUUCAACUGUGUUCAGAGGGGGCACCAAAACUCAUUGGAGAUGAUGCCGAUUUUCUUUGUGCUGUUGUUGCUUGGGGGGCUGAGGCACCCUCUGAUAGCCUCUGGUUUGGGGUUAUUUUACACGGUGGCUAGGUAUUUCUACUUUAAGGGCUACGCCACUGGUGUUCCUGAGAAUAGAUUGAAGAUCGGGCAAUUCAACUACUUCGCGCUUUUGGGACUGAUUGGCUGCAACCUUUCACUCGCACUCACCCUCCUCCGCAGUUAAUCUCUACUACCAGCAGGUCCUUCAAUACAUAGACUUGCUUCUCCUUAAAUCUCUCUCUGUUUUCUUCUUCUGAUGAACCCUGCUGUUUCUUUUUAUUGUGAGCUAUUUGAAAUAGGUAGACUUUUGGUAGUUCUAUUUGUGAUGUACAUCUAUAAUGCCAUGCCACCCCUGUGCUUAAUUUGGCUUGGUUGAAUUCAAUCUCUGGAGGGCUCACUCAGGUUUUUAUUUGAAUCUGGAUCAAACUUGCCAAAAA